AUUUGGGGUGAGGCUUUUUGCAGUUGUGCAAAGAAUGCAGUUUUGGUAUGCUUACAAGUGUGAUAUCAUUGCCCAUUAAUUCCCUGAUAUGUUUCACUAUUUUACAAUUGAUUUGGCUGUUGUGUUGGGAUUUUGUUUUCUGUUUCCUUUUGAGUAGUUGGAGAUCAACAUCAAGCUUUUGUUAUUUUGGAAUGGCUUUUUAAUGGUUUUUACAUUUUGCCUGUGAUCCUCCUCUGGGGUGUCCUUUUGUUCUACCUUUUGUGUGGGGUGAAAUAGAGCAGCAGUCCACGUUACCCUACACCGACGGACAUCCAGCCAAAUCAUCGGGAAUUUAAUGUUGUAAUGAUUUUCAGGCGUUGAAAGAUAAAAAAUACUAAUUCAGUUGCAAGCUUAAAGAUGUCAGUUGAGCCUUCUACUCAUGAAGAAAUCCAGAUUGAAGAUGAGGUAGAAGAGAUUGAUGAGGAGGAAGAGGAAGAGGAUGAGGUAGAUGAGGACGAGGAAGUAGAUGAAGAAGAGGAGGAAGAAGAGGUUGAGGAGGUGACUCAUGGUAGGAGCACGGGCAGAGGUCUGACCUUGAAGACUCUUGUGAAGGAGCGGGUCUUACAGCCUGGCGAGGGACUUAUGACCAUCAACUAUCUGGGUAACAAGUUCAAAGGAGACUUGCUGCCCGAUGGGAGAAUCAAGUCCCAGGAGACGAGCAAGAUCUUCGGAACACCAAGUGCGUGGGCCAUUUAUUGCAAGAAGAUAGUCAAUCCAGAUAAGAAGUCGGGCUGCGGCUGGGCGUCUGUUCGCUACCGAGGGAAGAAGCUAGAUUCCUACAAGAACAAUUGGUACAGGCAGAAGAGGAUUGAAUUUGAGAAGGAAGGCGAGGCAUUGGAUGAAGAAGAGAUGACGGACAGUGACAGCGAUGGUCCUCAUGAGCAGGAGAUUGUCGAGUUUGAGCUCAUUGGGAACAGGCAUCCGAACCAUGACAUGAAUACAAUGGUCGAGCUGACAUCCUUCCAAUCCAUUGGUCGAAUGCAGCCUUUUACCGUGACCAUGUCUUCAUCGGCAAUGGCUAUGAUAGACAUUCAUGCCCACCUGACUACUUCUGAGGUAGUUGGCUACCUGGCUGGACAGUGGGAUGUCACUAACCAUAAUUUGAUUGUUUCUCAUGCCAUGCCAGUCAGAUGUCGUCUGGGUGAUGGGGAAAAGGGUCGUGCAGUGGAGCAAGCGCUGUAUGCAGAAAUGGAGAAAUUGAAUCUCUCAUUAGUUGGAUGGUACCACACACAUCCAUUUUCACCACCAUUGCCGAGCUUGCGGGAUAUUGAUUCUCAACUGGAGUAUGAGAUGAAGAUGAAAGGUUCAAAUGAUGCAAGCUAUACACCUUGUAUAGGCAUUAUUGUAUCCCCUUAUGUACGAGGAGGAGGACAGGGUAUGAGUGCAAGUGGCUUCUGGGUGAUGCCACCUCCAGAGCACAAGCCGCAAGAAUAUGGAAGGCCCAUGAGUAUCCAGUUUACCAUUGUACAAGAUGCCUUUAUUCCCAAGGAGGCUCUCUAUCAUGUGCGGGACACCGUACGAUUCUACAAAGACUCUCCAGAUUCUGUCGUUUUCACAGAUAUUUUCCAAGACAGAUUUACAUAUUGGGACAAACUGAAGACUGCAAUCCGCCUGUGUGUUCCAAAAGACCAUUAUGCACCGUUGCUUGACUGCUUAGCAAAACUUUUAGAGUUGAAGAAUUAUGUCCCAGAGCCAGCCACACCAGGACCAAAGCCAAAGCUAGCCUCUGAAUCAGAACCAGAGGUCUCAGCCGAAGUGAUUCCGGUAGAGUCUCAGCAAACUACAAGUAAUUCUGUUUCCAUAACCCCAGUGGACAAACCGAGAACCUCUCCAGAGGUUGUUAACAGCAUCAGAGUUGUGGAUCCUGAUGUGCUUAUGGAGGCACCAAAGACAGUAUCUCCUCCGAGUACCCAGAUGCCUGAACCUGUGCAUCCUGAUGUCUCUGCCUUGGAAGCUCCACCUUCAACGGAGGUGGUGGAUGCGUCUGUUGAGAAGGAACGGCUUUUGAAUCAGGAACGGCUGUUGAAUCAGGAACGGCUGUUGAAUCAGGAACGGCUGUUGAAUCAGGAGAACCCCAAAGCCCACCGGAGCCCAAGCAGGUGAGCGACUACGAGCACCACCAUCCCUACCACCGCCACAGUCCCCCUCCAUACAAGCCACCUUCUCAGGAGCACUUGAAUCAGGAACGGAAACAGGACCAGCAACCAGAAUACAUUGAGGAUCCGGUUUAUGAGCAGUACCAGCAUAGUCAACAAAUGAAAGAAUAUCAGUAUGACAAAAAGCAUGAGUAUAUGCACGAGAUGCAGGAAGAUUACCGAGAGGAAAUGAUCGAUGAAUUCCGACCACCACCACCCAAUUACCAUCAACACCAUUUUACAGUAUCAUCAAGUUAUGAACCACCGCCACCUCUGAAUGACCACUAUAAACACGAUGAGCCCAAAAUACUGCACACUGCAGAAGACAGGGUGCUAGAAUCUCAGUCCGAAGAGAGUCACAUACCAGUCCACUAUCCAGAGAGCCUUGCCCGAGACCCCUGGGCAACCCCAAGUCACCCUGAUGUUCCCCAACAGGUCUCGGUCGGAGAAAGUGAACCCAUGCAACCAAUGGAUGUGGAUUCACUCUCAUAAAUGCCUCAUUCCAAUAUCUUCCACUUUUUUGUGAAUAUUGUACUAUAGAUUUUAGGUGCAGGAAUUUUGAUUAAUUAGUAAAGGAACACAGGAAUAUACAGUGAAAUACUGCUAUGAGUAAUCAAUUUGUCAUGCAGUCUCAUAAUACUAAUAACAUAAGCUAAUAUGUUUAAUCUUUGCUGUUGACUGUCAGAAAUAUUAUGCAUGUCAUUUGAAGCUGAAAUUGUGGUAUGUAGUGAUAUGUUUAUACAGAACUAGGCUUUGACUGAAUAAGAAUGAUAUAGGCCCCAAUAAGCCCAUACAAUAUUCCACCUAAUUUCUGUUUGGUCAUUUCCUUUUUUUAUUUUACAAAAUAUACAUUUUAUAUACUUAGGAAACGAUAGAUUUUAUUUAUUUAUGUGUUACUAUGUAUUAGCUGUAAAAUUAAAUCCUUUUUUAU